CGUUCUCCAAAAGCGAAAAAGAGCCCUUGGGUAUCUGACUGCUUACCAGUUACCACCAAGCAAGAGAGGAGCAAAGAUCAUCGCCGGAGUCGGGAACGGCACGGCGAUUCCGGCUGAAUAAACGAGAGAGAGAAGGAGAGGGCGGCGGCAGCGCAGCGAUGGGUAGCCCGCGGCGGGUGGCCGUCCUACAACCCCUACAACUUCAGCCAGCUUGUCCCUGCCGAGCCCUCCGCCCAGCCCUCGGUCGGUCAGCAUUUCCCCCUCUUGGCGAUCUCUUCUCUGAAUGUCACACCAGCUACUUACAUUGCGACUCACAGGACAGAUCCGCCUCCCAAUCAAGGUGGAUGUCUCUCUUUGCUUUCAGGAGUGGAGCAUGUUUAUCCACAAAAGAUUUUACGCCCAUGUGAUAACAACAGAGUCCAGGAACAUCCUGAUACAGCACUUCUAUAAAAAAUCCGAGGAGAAGUUGAGGCGAAAGAGAGCUGCUACGGACAAUCUAGCUCCGGAGAACAAGAAGCAGCAGCCCAGGGGACCUGUUGCCGAUGUUGGAAGCCAGUCAAACGCCAGAAGCUAAACCGCAGCCGGUAUUCUCAUUUCCUGCAUCUCUCGAUGUCAUGCAACCUGUGUGCUUGCUGAAGCAUGCGUCGUCUGGUUCCUCACGUAUGAUCAGAAGACCUUGCUUAUUACUUUCAUGCAUGUACAUAACCUCAGUCUCAGUGCGGAGCAUUUCACAUGGCACUACUGCAGUCUUUUUAUCUGCAUAAUACUUGUACUUUUGAUUGUGCA